UUGCCUUCUUUUGCUGGGUUGGGACUUAGCAGCUGCUGGUGGGUUGUCGCACGAUGCCAUCGGGUCUUCGUUGGUCGUUCUUUACUGGUCGCCUUAUCAGCUACUAAAUCUCCUACCUACAUUGUUAUUUUUAAUCCUUUUUUUCUCAAUUGCUGUCCUACGUUAUCCUGCUGCAUAAUGAUGAUGUCCUCGUCAUGGUGACCACCACUGCUGGCGCCCCCCCUGUAUUCUACACCAACUUAUCCACUUACCACAGCGACAACUUACAUACACGCAUUUAUUACUUAACUUAAUAACGAUCAAUUCAACCCCUCCCAUGAUGGAUACCAAUGCAGGCAAUAUCGCUCUUAUCGACAACACCGCCCCCCGUCGUCCCUCCGAGACCGCCCUCUCCCAAAUCACCACCGCAGGGGGCAGCAGCCACAUCUCCAGAAAAUGGACCCGAAAAUCCAUCCGCAGCGAGCUCGCCAAACGCAAAUAUGCUAAAUGGCAACCAGACCGUCUGGGCCUCACCGAUGAUGACGUCGACGAUAGCGAGGUGGAUGCCGCCGCCGCAGCAAUAGCAAGCAGUAGCAGCAGCAGACGACCCUCCGAUGGACGUGACCUCACCGGCGCAGAAACAACCACAACCACCACCACAGAAGGCGAGCCCCAACAACCCCCAUCCCAGGAUGUCAACGCGACCGAUUUCGCCGCAGAACCUACAAGCAGCGGCAACAACAGCCACGGCAACACCGACGACGAGCACCGACAUCACCGACAUCCCAAGCUCACAGGCCUCAAACCGGGCACCGAACUAGACAUCCUAUACGAGAACCAACGAGGCUGGUUCUUCUUCGGCAUCCCGCUCUACUCGCACAGCUCGUUACUCAACUUCGAUCCCACGGCGUGGAUCACCGCUGACGGCCGCGACAGUCCCGUGAACAUUACAAACGCGCAGCUCCCCGACCCCAGCUGGGAAUGGGUGUGGAGGAACUGGUACGUGGAUAUGUCUGGCGACGUGGAUGAUCAGGGAUGGCAGUACUCGUUCUCGUUUGCGUCGUCGGCGUGGCAUGGAUCGCAUCCGUGGUUUCAUUCAUUUGUGCGUCGGCGCAGAUGGGUGAGGUUACGCGUGAAGCGGGCGGUGGAAAGGAUUCGACGCGGACGGACGGGGCUGGAGAUGGCGCAUAUGUUGAAUGAGGAUUACUUUACGAUUCAUUCGGGGCGGAACAAGAGGCGCGCGGAGAGUGAGGCUGGCUUGUCGAGGGUCAAUACGUUUGGGUAUUCGGCUAGUUUGAGUCGGGCGACUACGAAGGCCGGCGAGGAGGAGGUGCCGGUGGAGGAGAUCGCGGAUAUCCCGGCGCUGAUGCAUGCGUUGAGGGUGGCAAUUGUGGAUCGUGAGAAGGUCGAUGCGUUGCAUCGGUUUAUAGAGGAGGGAGGGGAGGAGCUGUUCUAUUUGGAUGGGCAGAUCCCGGAGAUCAUGUCCAUGUUCGUCUUCCAGGCCUCCCGGUGGCAGUUCCUGACGCAUCUCGUGGACAUCGUCGAGGAUCUGGGGCAUAGGGUAUCCGAAAUGAGUGGGAAAGAGGCCGAAGUGAUGCAGCGCAGACAGGACCACCUCCAGAAGGCUGUCGACGCGGCCAGACGACAUCUCACCGGACCUGAAGUCCUCCGGACCAACCAUCAGGGGCCUAAGUCGGGCAUGCUGGACCUGACCCCGGCCCCGAAGAAAGGCAGUCUGCUAGCGAGAUACUCUGGCAAGUUCUCGUUCAAGCCGAUGGAUGAUGGGGGGGAGAUCAAGGGUAUUCCUCAGGCGGCCGAAGUUGGACGCGAAGGCCAUAUUUAUCAGUAUUCGACGUGAAUGGGUUUGGUUUGGUUGGGUUGGGUUGGGUUGGAGUUUUGGCGCGCUUCUUGUUGUCUUUUCCUUUUUCUUUUUGGAGUAGGAGUAGGAGAAGGAGAAGGAGUAGGAGUUGCAAGUAAUCUUAUUUAUUGA